AUGAUUUUCAGUCGGAAAAUUGACAGUCAAUUCUCAGGCGACAAUCCAGUUUCAGCUAUCAAAUUAUGGCAUAACAUAACAAAGCAAAUGAUCGAUGAUUGUAAUUACAUUGGGAAAAAGCGCUGUUUAACAGUCCGAUAUGAAUGUCUUGUAUUGUAUCCCGAAUUGCAAUUGAGGCGAAUUCUAAGUAAGUCGGAAUGCAGUUGA